CAGGAGGAUUUUGGGGUCAGGAUCCUCUUGGGAUCGGGAUGAUUUUGGGGUCAGGAUCCUCUUGGGAUCAGGAUGAUUUUGGGGUCAGGAUCCUCUUGGGAUCAGGAUGGUUUUGGGGUCAGGAUCCUCUUGGGAUCAGGAUCCUUCUGGGGUCACUCCCGACCCUGCAGCCCCUCUUCCCGUGCCGGGGCUGUCCCCACAGGCUGGGCUGUCCCGGGGACACGGGGACACCGCGGGCCCCGCCUCAGCACCUCCGGCAGCCUCAAAACGGCGGCGGGGAGGAAGUGGGGGCCGAGCCGGGCGCGAUGUCGGAGCUGGAGCGGCUGCAGCAGAGCGAGCUCCCCGCGGGCCGGCAGCGGCUGCGGGAGCAGCACGGGAACCUGCUCAGGGUGGCCGAGUAUUGCCAAAGUGGCUACCUGCAGGCCGGCGACAAGAGGAAGGCGCUGGAGGAGACGAUGGCUCUGAGCACGCAGGCCCUGGCCAGUGUCACCUCCCAGCUCCGCAGCCUGGCCACCGCCUUCCUGCGCCUGCUGGAGCUGCAGGCGGCCCGGCUGCGCCGGCUGGAGGCCGACAUCACCUGCGUGGCACAGAGGGUGGACAUCCACAAGGAGAAGGUGUCGCGGCGCGGGAUCGGAGCUCUGGCCGUCAGCAAGAGGCUCCCGAGCUGCCCCAAGAUCGCGGCCCCCCCGAGCCCCCCGGUGCUGGAGCCCUAUCACCGGACACCCCUGAGCUUCAGCGCCCUGGACGGCGUCGGACACGGGGUCAAGGACACCAGCACGCAGCUGUCCCGCACCGGCACCCUGGCUCGGAAAAGCAUCAAAUCCUCCUCGGCGCAGGCUGCGGGAACAGCGGGGAGGAGCAGCCGCGUUCCCGAGCCCGUCCAGCCGCCCGUGGUUCCCGAGGGAAAGCUCCGGGCAGCCUCCCCCAGCCCCGCGCUGUCCCUCAGCUCCAGCCGGGCCCCUGGGGAGGGAAUUCCUGCCCCGCCACCACUGCCAGGGACAUCCCUGCCGGCACCGUCCCCUCCCGGGCCACCCCCGCCGGCCGCCGCCAUCCCGCCUCCGCCACCCCUCCCUGGGGACCUGCGGACACCUCCUGGGGACCUGCCACCACCUCCCGGGGACCUGCUGCCACCUCCCGGGGACCUGCUGCCACCUCCCGGGGACCUGCCGCCACCCCUUGGGGAUCUGCGGACACCUCUCGGGGACCUGCAGACACCUCUCGGGGACCUGCCACCACCUCCUGGGGACCUGCCGCCACCUCCCGGGGAUCUGCCACCACCCCUUGGGGACCUGCCACCCCUCCCCGGGGUCCUGCCGCCCCCAGCCCCCGAUGACCUCGAGCUGCCACCGCCACCCUCAGCCCUGCCCGACUUUGGGGACCUGGCCCUGCCACCGCCACCGGCCGCAGAGGACCCGCUGUGGGCCCCGGAGAGCUGCCCGGAGAAAGUGCUGGCCCUGUUCCCGUAGCAGUGGCAGAAGGACACCGAGCUGUCCCCGGAGCUGUCCCCGUUCGUCACCCGCCGCCUGCUGCGGGGGCUGCUGGAGCCCGGCUCGGGAUUCUUCCCGGGAAUUGCUGGAGCUCGGCUCGGGAUUCUUCCCGGGAAUUGCUGGAGCCCGGCUCGGGAUUCUUCCCGGGAAUUGCUGGAGCCCGGCUCGGGAUUCUUCCCGGGAAUUGCUGGAGCCCGGCUCGGGAUUCUUCCCGGGAAUUUCGUGGAUCCCGUCUCCCCCCGCGCUCGGGAUUUCCUUGGAAUUUCGGCUCUGGCACCGCUGGGAACGCGCGGGGUGCCCGGGCGUGCUUCCUGCAAUACCAGAUUUGUCUCCCAUCCAGAUUUGUCUCUUUAAUUCCAUGGCUUUGAGUUCCACACAGUCCAAGGAGGAGGAGGAGGAGGAGGGAGGAGGAAGAGCUCGGGGCGGCUUUGGUUAUUUCCUGCUGGGGUUUGGGGGUUCCGAGGGUUUGGGGGAGUCAGGGCCACCCCCGGGGGCCGGUAAGGCUGUGGAUAAACCCAGGAGAAAUCCGGGAUAAAUCCAGGAGGAGCCAGCCCCAGAGAGCAGCGGGGCCUGGAGGUGCCCCCUGCAGAGUGCAAUUAGAAAGGGUAAUUAAGGGGUAAUUAAUACUGCGGUGGGGAGGGGGACACGGGCCGGGUUCAGUCUCUGGGGACCCAGAAGUGCCACGGAACCGCCCCGGGGGGAUUUUGGCAGCGCUCAGGUGCCCAGGGCGGGGGGGGACACGGGGACACCCUGGGGACACCACGGGGACCAUGGGGACACCCUGGGGACACCACGGGAACCAU